GCUGCCGCCGCUGCCGCCGCUGCCGCCGCCCCCCGACGCCUGGGUGAUGCUGGACAUGGGAGAUAGGAAAGAGGUGAAAAUGAUUCCCAAGUCCUCGUUCAGCAUCAACAGCCUGGUCCCCGAGGCCGUCCAGAACGACAACCACCACGCGAGCCACGGCCACCACCACAACAGCCACCACCCCCAGCACCACCACCACCACCACCACCACCACCACCCGCCGCCGCCCGCGCCCCAGCCGCCCCCGCCGCCCCAGCAGCAGCAGCCGCCGCCGCCGCCGCCGCCACCCCCGGCCCCGCAGCCCCCGCAGGCGCGAGGAGCCCCGGCCGCCGACGACGACAAGGGCCCGCAACCGCUUCUGCUCCCGCCACCCGCCGCCCUGGACGGGGCCAAGGCCGACGCGCUGGGUGCCAAAGGCGAGCCGGGCGGUGGGCCCGCCGAGCUGGCGCCCGUCGUCGGGCCGGACGAGAAGGAGAAAGGCGCGGGUGCCGGGGGGGAGGAGAAGAAGGGGGCGGGCGAGGGCGGCAAGGACGGGGAGGGGGGCAAGGAGGGCGACAAGAAGAACGGCAAGUACGAGAAGCCGCCGUUCAGCUACAACGCGCUCAUCAUGAUGGCCAUCCGGCAGAGCCCGGAGAAGCGCCUGACGCUCAACGGCAUCUACGAGUUCAUCAUGAAGAACUUCCCCUACUACCGGGAGAACAAGCAGGGCUGGCAGAACUCCAUCCGCCACAACCUGUCCCUCAACAAGUGCUUCGUGAAGGUGCCCCGCCACUACGACGACCCGGGCAAGGGCAACUACUGGAUGCUGGACCCGUCCAGCGACGACGUGUUCAUCGGCGGCACGACCGGCAAGCUGCGGCGCCGCUCCACCACGUCUCGGGCCAAGCUGGCCUUCAAGCGCGGGGCUCGCCUCACCUCCACCGGCCUCACCUUCAUGGACCGCGCCGGCUCCCUCUACUGGCCCAUGUCGCCCUUCCUGUCCCUGCACCACCCCCGCGCCAGCAGCACUUUGAGUUACAACGGCACCACGUCGGCCUACCCCAGCCACCCCAUGCCCUACAGCUCCGUGUUGACUCAGAACUCGCUGGGCAACAACCACUCCUUCUCCACCGCCAACGGGCUGAGCGUGGACCGGCUGGUCAACGGGGAGAUCCCGUACGCCACACACCACCUCACGGCCGCUGCGCUCGCCGCCUCGGUGCCCUGCGGCCUGUCGGUGCCCUGCUCCGGGACCUACUCCCUCAACCCCUGCUCCGUCAACCUGCUCGCGGGCCAGACAAGUUACUUUUUCCCCCACGUCCCGCACCCGUCAAUGACUUCGCAGACCAGCACGUCCAUGAGCGCCCGGGCCGCAUCCUCCUCUACGUCGCCGCAGGCCCCCUCGACCCUGCCCUGUGAGUCCUUAAGACCCUCUUUGCCAAGUUUUACGACAGGACUGUCCGGGGGACUGUCUGAUUAUUUCACACAUCAAAAUCAGGGGUCUUCUUCCAACCCUUUAAUACAUUAACAUCCCGGGGACCAGACUGUAAGUGAACGUUUUACACACAUUUGCAUUGUAAAUGAUAAUUAAAAAAAAUAAGUCCAGGUAUUUUUUAUUAAGCCCCCCCCUCCCCCAUUUCUGUACGUUUGUUCAGUCUUUAGGGUUGUUUACUCUUCUAACAAGGUGUGGAGUGUCAGCGAGGUGCAAUGUGGGAGAAUACAUUGUAGAAUAUAAGGUUUGGACGUCAAAUUAUAGUAGAAUGUGUAUCUAAAUAGUGACUGCUUCGCCAUUUCAUUCAAACCUGACAUGCCUAUCUGAAAAGGCUGCCAGAUAUCCAUGUGUGCAGUAUUAUAAGUUAUCAUGGAGCUAUCUGGUGGACGCAGGCCUUGAGAUCAACCUAAAUUAUGGAGAGAGUUUAAAAAAAAAAUGUUAAACUGUAAUUUGUAUUUAAGAAUUUGUAGUAAAGGUGCCCAAGAAAUUAUAUUGGCCAUUUAUUGUUUUGUCCUUUUUCUUUAAAGAACUGUUUUUACCUUUUGUUUACUUUUAGACCAAAGAUUGGAUUUUAGCAAAUGCACUUGGUAUACUAAGUAUUAAAACAAACAAACAAACAAACGAAAAAGCAAAGUUGUUUAGUUGGCAACACUGCCCAUUCAAUUGAAUCAGAAGGGGACAAAAUUAAGGAUUGCCUUCAGUUUGUGUUGUGUAUAUUUCGAUGUAUGUGGUCACUAACAGGUCACUUUUAUUUUUUCUAAAUGUAGUGAAAUGUUAAUGCCUAUUGUACUUAUAGGUAAACCUUGCAAAUAUGUAACCUGUGUUGCGCAAACGCCGCAUCAAUUUGAGUGAUUGUUAAUGUUGUCUUAAAAUUUCUUGAUUGUGAUGCUGUGGUCGUAUGCCCGUGUUUGUCACUUACAAAAAUGUUUACUAUGAACACACAGAAAUAAAAAAAUAGGCUAAAUUCA